CUCUUUUUCGAUACCACGUAAAAGUAAGCAUGGUUUAGUUGCUAUCGGUGUACAAAAUUUCAGAUUAACAGCACUUCUGAUUAAGUUAUGCUAUAAACCAUUAUGUAUAUAGAACACCAAAUGUAGUACAAGCGAGGAAUUUACAAAAUAGUUGGUGAAAUCGUCUAUUUCACAACAAAAUGGGUAUCUCUGUGAAGGAUGUGGAUUCCCACACAUUCACCAAGGCUUUGUCAGCCUUCCUUAAAAAGUCAGGAAAGAUGAAGAUCCCAGAAUGGGCUACUAUCGUCAAGCUGGGGAAGUUUAACGAGCUGGCUCCCUAUGAUGAGGACUGGUUCUACACUAGGGCAGCAUCUAUCUGCCGCCAUCUUUAUAUCCGUGCCCCAGCUGGUGUUGGUGCUCUGACAAAGAUUUAUGGAGAUCGUAAACGUAACGGCACAGUCCCCAGCCAUUACUGUCGUUCCUCUGGCUCUGUUUCCCGACGUGUCCUCCAGGCUCUGGAAUCACAGAAGUUGGUUGAGAAGGACGUCAAUGGCGGGCGUAAAUUGACCAGCCAAGGGCAGAAAGAUCUGGAUAGAAUUGCAGCACAGGUCAAAGAAAAGACAAAAGCCAAGUGAAUGUCGACUGUGAUGGGGACGAACAUUGGGGGAAUCAUUAUGAAUAAAUAAUGAUUGAAAGAAAACAAA